AUGACAUCCACACAAGAUCGUGUAUUUAUCGUCGGUGGCACUGGAAAUAUCGGUACUAAACUGGUACAAGAUUUGUUGGAAAAGAAUGUGGCCAUGACAUUGUACGCUCGUACACCUAGCAAAAUUGAGUCAAUGUUUCCCAACAGCACUGAACUGAUCAACAUAGUUCAAGGUGACUACAGUGACUUGAGCUCAUUGGAAACAGGUAUCAAGGGCCACAGUCGUCUCUUUUUAUUAGUUUCAGAUUUCAGUGACUUUGUCAACCUCAAAAAGAAUAUUGCCAAAAUCGCUUAUGAUUCGGGUGUAAAACAAAUCGUGGAUAUCUCUUCUUUCACUGUAAAUAUGGGUUGGAGAACCAGUUAUAUCGGUGCUUUGCAUUAUGGUGCCGAAAAGGCCAUCUUUGAUCUUCCCGGUCGUGGAAAUUUGGUCGCCUUACGUCCUGGUAGAUUUAUGUCAAAUGUGGUCGACCAUUCUCGUCCUAGUGCUGAUAACAAAAUCUUUGACUGUCUUACUGGUGAUUUAUCUCUUGGAUUUAUCUCAACCAACGAUAUCGGUGCUGUCGCGGCUGUGGUAUUGAGUGAAGCUAUUGAAAAGCACGGUGAUGCUGUCUACAGUCUUACAGGCGAUAUUACCAAUGGUCAUCAACGUGCUCAGAUUAUUUCUGAUAUUGUUGGCCGCGAAAUCAACUACCAACAGGUCAAACCUAUUCAAAAAUACAACAAGAUUAUGGAAUCCGGUCAUUUUCCUCAUUUAUUUGCUAUGGAUCUUGCCGCAGGUUUAGAUAGCUGCCCAGAUGACAGAGUCACACCUGAAAUUUCUAUUCUUCUUGGACGUGAUCCUGAGACCGUUAAAGAAUUUCUUGUUGCGAAUAAGGCAUCAAUUCAAGCUUAA